GGCGCGGGUCAGCGCUGUGACGCGCUCUGCUUCCGGGUGAGCGGCGGCGGGCGCCAUAUUGUCUUGUUCGCCGAGCCGAGCGGCGGCGGCGGGCGGAGGGCGGCCGCGGGGCCACGGUACCGGCGGCGGCGGGAGGCGGGGGACAGCUUGAAAUAUAGACUAUAUAAAGACUUAAAAGAUGUGGGAUCAGCCUUGGCAGCAAUGGCCUUUGAACCAACAGCAGUGGAUGCAGUCAUUUCAGCACCAACAAGAUCCAAGCCAGAUUGACUGGGCUGCAUUAGCUCAAGCAUGGAUUGCUCAGCGAGAAGCCUCAGGGCAACAGAGUGUAGUGGAACAACAAGGAAUGAUGCCAAAUGGACAGGAUAUUUCAGGAAUAGAGUCUGGUCCAAACAACCAUAAUAAUUUUCAGGGGGAUCCCAACUUCAACAGAAUGUGGCAGCCAGAAUGGGGAAUGCCUCACCAGCCCCCUCACCCACCUCCAGAUCAGCAGUGGAUGGCUCCAACCCCAGGUCAAAUGGAAAUUGUUCCUCCAUCUGAAGACAGCAACAGUCAGGACAGUGGGGAGUUUGCUUCUGACAACAGGCAUAUAUUUAACCAGAACAAUCACAACUUUGGGGCACCUCCCGAUAACUUUGCAAUGGGGCCAGUGAACCAGUUUGACUAUCAGCAUGGGGCUGCUUUUGGUCCACCUCAAGGUGGAUUUCAUCCACCUUAUUGGCAGCCAGGACCACCAGGGCCGCCAGGUCCACCAGCACCUCCUGCACCUCCUCAAAAUCGAAGGGAAAGACCCUCGUUCAGAGACCGACAGCGUUCACCUAUUGCGAUGCCUGUGAAGCAGGAGCCUCCACAGAUUGAUGCCGUGAAGCGUAGAACUCUGCCUGCCUGGAUUCGUGAAGGCCUAGAAAAGAUGGAACGAGAGAAACAGAAAAAAUUGGAAAAAGAGAGGAUGGAGCAGCAGCGUUCACAGAUGUCUAAAAAAGAAAAAAAGGAAAGUGAGGAUGCUGAAGAAGGGGAUGGCCCUCGGUUACCUCAGAAAAGCAAAUUUGACAGUGAUGAGGAAGAAGAAGAUGCUGAAAACACAGAAGCUGUAAGCAUUGGGAAAAUCAGCAGGAGUCCAUCCCCGGCUCCUCAAGAGGAGCAAAGUGAACCAGAAAUGACAGAAGAAGAAAAGGAGUAUCAAAUGAUGAUGAUGACAAAAUUGCUGCUGACGGAGAUUCUUUUAGAUGUCACAAAUGAAGAAAUAUAUUACGUGGCCAAAGACGUACACCGUAAAGCAACUAAAGCUCCUGCAAAACAGCUGGCACAGUCCAGUGCACUGGCUUCCCUCACUGGACUCGGUGGACUGGGUGGUUAUGGAUCAGGAGACAGUGAAGAUGAGAGGAGUGACAGAGGCUCUGAAUCAUCUGAUACUGAUGAUGAGGAACUACGACACAGAAUCAGGCAAAAACAGGAAGCAUUUUGGAGAAAAGAGAGAGAACAGCAACUAUUGCUAGAAAAACAGCUCGAAGAAGAAAGGCUACAAAUUGACAAAGUUUCAAAAGAUAUGAAUGAAUUUAUCAACAAAGAUCAAAACAGUAUUUCAACAUCACAGGAGGCAAAAGAAAUUGAAGCUGAUAUGGUUCACGAAAAGAAACGAUCUCCAAAUGCAAUAGCCCCUGAUACAGAACCCAAAAAAGAGGGUAAAGAAAAAGAGAGGGCAGGGAGGAGUAGAUCAAGAAGCUCUAGUAGUGGUAGCACUAGCAGCAAUAGCAGAAGCAGUAGCAGUAGCAGCACUGUAUCUAGUUCAUCAUAUAGCACUAGCUCAGGUAGUAGUCGCAGUUCUUCACGUUCUUCCUCUCCUAAAAGGAAGAAGAGGCACAGUCGCAGUAGAACGCCUUCGCAUAAAGUUAGGCGCAGUAGAAGCAGGAGUUAUUCUCACAGAAAUAGGAGAGAGAGGAGUAGAAGCAGGGAGAAAAUAAGAGAAAGGAGAAGAUCUAGUAGAAAUCGGAGUGCUGAAAGAGGGGAGAGACGAAGAAUUCAGAGCCCUUCUCAAGAGAGAAGUUGGGAUAGACGUAGGAGUAGUAGCCGUUCGAGAGACAGACGAGCUAGCCGUGCUAGUCGCAGCCGAAGUAGGGAUAGACGCAAAGCUGAAGACCAGCGUAGAAGUCCUCCUGGAAAUAGGCAUAAACAUAAAAGUGAUGGUAAAGAUCAAGAGAGGAAGAAAGAGCAGGGUGGAACAGUAGAUAAAGACAGAAAAAAGAACAGAGAAAGGGAGCGAGAUCAGGAAAAAAGAAAAGAUAAACCAAAAAAGGAGGAAAAAGAAAGCAAGGCUGGCAAUCAUGACGACAAUAGAUUAAAGAGAAAAAGAGACAGUGAAAGAACUUUCUCUCGCAGUGAUUCAAUAACUGUGAAAAUAUUCAGACAGGAUUCCAGACAAGACAGCAAAAAAAUUUCUACCAAAGAUAGCAAAAAACGGUCAGGCUCUGAAUCUAGUGCAAGGAGUAGUUCUGAAUCACCAGGAAGCAGUAAAGAAAAGAAGGCUAAGAAAUCGAAGCAUAUUCGAUCAUGCUCCAUGGAGAAAUCUCAAAGGUCUGGUAAGAAGGCAAGCCGCAAACACAAGUCUAAGUCACGAUCAAGAUCAACAACUCCUCCUCGUCGUAAACGCUGAGGAAUUUCUGGCACCAGUGCUAUGACAUUUAAAAAUUCCAUGAGUUAUAAAAGGCUUGUCUCAUUAUAGAGGCACAUUGUGGCUAUGUAGGUGAAACCAGAAUCCUUUUUUUAUCUGUAAAUAGGUGUAUUUUUUUCCAAAUGCUGCUCAGAAUUAAAUACCUAAUAGGAUUUCUUUGUAUUACAUUUUUUCAAGAACGGUAGUGCUUAAUAAGAAUAUAAAAUAUGCCAUUCUCUUUCAGCUGUAAUGUUCUUAAAAUUACUAUUGAAUGUACUGUGAUGUCAAUAAAGCUCUUUAGUUCAUUUUUGUUUAAAAUUCUUGCACCUGUAUUUUGUGUUAAAAUGUAGGAAGUACUUGAGAAAAAAAAGAAAAAAGAAAAAAGGCAGCUUUUUUAGUAUAACAAAUUUUUAAAGUUCUUGAAAAAAAAGAUUUAAAUUUGUCCAAGUAUGUUAUCUGUGGAGUUGAUGAGAUUAAUCUGUUGGGUGGGGGGUGUGGAAGAACAGAAAAUAGUCAUCUCUUUUCUUUAGAUGUGUAACAGAUUUUAAAAUUAUUUUUUUUUUUGGACUAUCAAGUAACAUAUGCUUUGUGUGUAAAAUAUGGGUCACUGUAAUCCAAGCUAUACAUAAACAGACUGAAUCCCAGUAGGAAUAUGUGCAACUAACUGAUCGAUCUUGUGUGACAGUGUUGAGCUCUGGAACUAUAUUCCUCACCCAGUUUUCAGAGAAAACUUUGUGGACAUUUAGGGAUAUUACAGGAACAAGACUCAGUAUUUUAGAUGUUUUAUGGAAUACAUUCCUAAAUGGCACUCCAUACACAUUAGAAAACUGACAAUAGAUAGAUUUUACAUAUUAGCAUAUGCUUUAAAUGUUUAGUAAACAUGAAAUCUGAUUAUUUUUGCUAGUGUUAUGAGAAUUGUGGUUCCUAUAAAGCUAAUACAUUGGCUAGACAGCAACUUAUUUAUUUUUUAAUGUUUUUUAUAUCACUAUAAAGUGAAUGAAAUCACUGAUUACCUCCUCCUUCAGGAAAUGAACUACUGUAAUUAGUAACAAAAACAAAACAAAAAGCCCUGCAACCCUAGGCCACUGACUGUUACAGAAGAAUGAACGUUAAUUCUGGGGGAAGAUUGGAGACCUAUGCCUAAAAGGUCUGGUAUGAUACCAGUUGUGAAAAAGAUAAAAGGCUUAACAUCAAAGUGAGAUCUCUUUGAUGGCUGUAUCUUCUAAGAAAAAAAAUAAACCAGUAAAGGCAACUUACAAAGCACGUUGUCUUGAACAGAUUAAUCCAUUUAACUAAAAGUAGAAUUCAGCUAUGUAGCAUUUUUGCCAAUGUAUUUUCUUUCAUAAUUAGACACAGAAGUAAACUGCUUCACUGGAAAAAUGACAUUUUAUCUCUACAUUUAUUGAGCAAGUUAACGGCUGUUGAAUUACAUGCAUGUUUAUUAAAACACUUACAGAUAAUUAGUUAAUUCAGUUACAAAUAGCAUACAUCCCAAACGGAGUACUUUUAUAAUAGAGUAGAAUAAGCAGUCCUACCUAAUAGCAAAAUAAGGCAUAAAUUGUCAACACACUACUUUUAGUGGCAUUUAUACAGAUAUAAGUAAUGAUAUAUUGAUCCAGUCUCAGUACACGAUUGGCUUUCGGUAAAAGUGAGGAUUUCUUGAAUAGUAUAGGUGGCAUAGCAGCUCAAAUAUCUCAGAAGGACUUUGUUUUUGAGAGAGAGAAGGGAAAUAAAACUAAUUUUAAGAAAGGCUAUUGAGGAAUACAGUUUCCAAUGUGCAUUGAAUUUGAUUUUCAGUUCAGUUUUUAUAUUAUCUGUCUACCAAUAAAAAAAGAUUGUAUGAAGAGCUUUAUAUACUCUGCCAACAACUGGACUUCUGUCACUUCCUGUAAAUAUGGACAUUAUUUUUUCUGACACAAAUGCACUUAUAUGGAUAGUGACUGUAUGCCAAUAAAAAGAGCAUACGAUCUCUGUA